AUGCAGUCAUCGAUCACGAGGAUGGUCAGAGAGUUCGACUCGGAUGGGAUAGACAUCGACUAUGAGCACUUCAAGGCUAGCCCCAAGGUCUUUGCACAAUGCAUUGGACAAUUCAGAACCCUACUCCUGAAGAAGGACAAGGUAAUUUCGUUCGCCUUGAUCGCUCCCUAUGAUAGCGGUCCGGCUCAAGACCUGUACCAAGCCCUCUGGAAGAAGUACGGGCACCUGAUAGAUUACGUGAACUUCCAAUUCUAUGAUUCCAAUUCUAUGAAUACCAUCGGAUUGGGUUCUCGCAGUUCGGGGGGUAUUUCAACCAACAGGCCCAUAACUACAACGGGGGAAUAUUCUUGCGAGUUUUCAGAGUGGGGGAAGAAGUCACGGGCUCCACCCUUCUAUGAGGCCCGCAAGGAGCUCAAGGGCCAGGGAAAGCUCGGGGGGAUCUUCGUGUGGUGUGCGGAAGAAUCGGUCAAGAGUCGGUUUCAGUACGAAAAGAAAUCUCGGGAACUAGCUUCCUAA